AUGACAGGCCUGCUUUGGCCUGCAGGCGGCCGAGUUCACAUAGUGCUUGCAUUUGCAAGGAGGGUGGUGGCUGUCGUCGCCCGUUGCUGGAGUCGAUCAUCGAUCGCAAUGGCAAGGGACACGCCUAUAUUCCCCCAUCGUGGAAGAAUGCGUGUCAAUGUGCGGAGAGUCUACCGGGAAACCGUUCACAACGCAACAAACUCUCCGUCGAGCGAGUCCAGUGCGGUUCGCCCAUGCUGUCCCACGAGACCACGCCAGACCUAA